AUGGCUCCAGGACGCGGUAGUAGUAGCGGCGGCGGUGGCAGUGGCGCUGGCAGUAGCCGCAGUGGACGUGGCGGUCGUGGCGGUCGUGGCGGUCGUGGCAAAGGGAAAGGACGAGGACGUGGACGAGGCGGACCAAGAGGGAGCUACGGCUGGUACCAUGAACCCAUCACGAGUCUCGACGAGAGCUUCUGCAUGUCGAUCCACAAGGCGCUGCAGUCGCUUGUCGACGACGGCGAGCGCGCGGAGCUGAGCUUCCCGUCGACGUACGACAACACGCAGCGUCGCUAUAUCCACAUGAUGGCUGAGAAGUACGGUCUCUUCUCGAAGAGCGCCGGCAGGAAAGGAGACGGUCGCUUCAUCCACGUGGCGUCCGUGAAGAAGAACGCCGCGAUGGAGAAAGUGUCGUUGCGUCUGCACCCGACGCCUCUGAACCCAAAGAUGGACGAGUGGUAUCCACUCGAAGUGAAGCAGUACAUGGCGACUUAUCCGUCUCCUUCGCUGGAAGACGAGGGAGCAGUGGAUCCAUGGGGGGGCAAGACAUUUACGCCACUGGGGGUCGCGCCUAUGCAACAUCGCGGUCGAGAGGCGUUGUUUAGCCACCUGCCGAGCCGUGGCAGUCAGAACGGACCAAAGAUCGUGCGGACUCCACUUGUUGAAGUGACAAAGCUGCCGGUGUAUCAAUAUCGUGAGCAGAUACUGAACCUUGUAGAGGAGAAUCAGAUUGUGGUACUGUCAGCAGAUACUGGAUGUGGAAAAUCAACGCAGAUUCCGCAGUUCUUGCUGGAUGAUGCGUUAGCAAGAGGACGAGGCAAGGAAACGAGAAUCAUUUGUACUCAACCACGACGAAUCAGCGCAAUGUCCCUCGCGCAACGAGUGGCAAGUGAACGCCCAGGACAGAGCUCCAAAGAAGUGGGGUAUGCGAUUCGAUUUGAUUCGUCGUUUGAUGCCAAGCAGUCCAAGCUCAUCUUCUGCACGACAGGCACGCUGCUCAAAUGGCUUAACAAUGACCCAUCGUCGCUCGGCUUUUCGCACAUCAUUUUGGACGAAGUGCACGAGCGGGACAUGUUUACUGAUUUCUUGCUUAUUCUGAUCAAGACAUCUAUUCUUAAGCAGAGACCGGACCUCAAGGUGAUUCUCAUGAGCGCGACGAUCCAAGUGGGAAAGUUCUCGCAGUACUUCCAACCAGAAUUUCAUCCGCCGAUACUCCAGAUGGUGGGAGGCACUAACUAUCCAGACACUGCCCCAUCAGCAGUGCCUGUUUCUGCUAUGGGAGAUUUUCUGCAAGCCGCACUGCGUGGAAUAAAACAGAAAGCGAAGAAUGCCGCACUUAAAUCGUAUACGAAGCAGUACGAUGCGCUGCAACAGGACCAGACCAUCGACUACAAUCUGUUGCUACAGCUGCUUUUCCUGAUAAACCGCAUGUUCCCGCUCGGUGAAGAUGGAAAAGGAGCUAUUCUGGUAUUUCUUCCUGGCUGGGAAGAAAUCUCUUUCAUGGAGCAAUCUCUUCUCAAGUCAGAAGCAACAUCAGCAACCUACGAGAUUGCUCUUCUUCACUCGCGUUUGGCACCCGAGGAACAGCGUCGCGCAUUCAUGACACCACCGCCUGGAAAGCGGAAACUGGUGCUGGCUACCAACAUCGCCGAAACCAGUCUUACUAUCGAAGAUGUGGUGUUUGUCGUGGACUGUGGCAAAUCCAAGCAGACGCACGCGCUUGCUGCAACUUCGGCCUCAUCUUUUGUGAUGGGUUUGCAAACUACGUGGAUUGCACGGGCAAAUUGCGUGCAGCGCAUAGGUCGCGCUGGUCGUGUUCGUGCGGGUGUUUGCUUUCGCCUUUUCUCGAAAACUCGAUACGAGACAGCGAUGAAAGAGUAUAUGCCUCCACAGUUGCUUACCAAUCCGUUGGAAGAGCUGUUGCUGCAAAUUAUGCUUCUUCAAAUGGACAAGAAGCUCGAUAAUAGCAGUGCCAAGGCGUUCCUUCUCGAAGCAAUGGACGCGCCUAGCGAGGCCUCCAUCGAUGCUUCGCUACAGCGAUUGACUUCGUGCGCGCUGAGCGGUUAUCGGGAUCCAUUUGACAGUUCCCUUGGCAUGUCGAAGGGCGAUAAACAACUGGUGGCUGCUGCCAAGAGGGCGUUUACUCGCAAUGGAUCGCCACCAGAGCUUACUUUGCAGAGCGAUCAUUUCGUACUCUGUAAGGCGUUCGAGGCGUACCUCGACGUGCGCUCUUCAUGCAAGACAAAGAGAUUAUUUUGUGCUGAGAAUAGGUUGAAUCUGCAGACUUUGGGUCAACUCGGUGCGAUCUACAAGAAGUUGCAGCAAGAUCUGGUCAAGAUGGGAUUGUCGGCCGCAACUCAGCUUGUGCCGACCUCCCCGCCAACAACACCAGCAACUAUGGAGAGCAUCGCACCGUAUUUGAUGGCCCUCAGUAUCGGUAUGUACCCGAAUGCGCUGUCCACGCGUCCUAGUCGAGUGACGGAGUUUUGGCAGACGAAAGAGAAAGUAAAAGUUACGAUGAGUGCUACAUCUAUGGUGACGUUGUCCAGUGCUGGCCUGCAUUCAAAGUGGAAAAAGCGUAAACGUGAGCAGGAGGAGCUUAGUGUGCACGAAUGGCUGGUGUAUCACGAUAUGAUGCAAUCUGGAAGUACUCGUGUGGCAAAGUACGGUACCAGACUGCCGUCAGUUUUGCUGCAAGCGCUUUUCAUGGGAUCGGUAAAAACGCAGGUGGUAGAGGAACGUAAAACUGUCGUGAAGGGCAGUGGUACCGAUGGCGAGUCAGUGGCGUCGAGCACGUGGUUACUUGCCUUGGACGAUUGGAUCACUUUCGAGGCCAACGGUGCUACUGAAGUGCGCUGGCUCGCACUUUUGCGGGAACGCUUGCAUGCUGCAUUUGUUCGUCACUUGGAGCGACUGCUAGUGCGUCCGAAAGCAGGUGAGACCAAUGCGUUGCCAAAGCGUGGUCAGCAGCUAAGGAAGCAUGACGUAGCGCUUGUCCGGGCUUUAGUUGCCUGGGUCUCUUCUGAUCUACGUGGUAAGGUGAGCGUAAGCUGCAAACGGUAG